AUGGCCUCCCAACUAGGCUCACCGUCGCCGUGGAUGGCGCCGGCGAAGUAUGAUCCAGCGGCCACCACCAUCGCUGACAUCAGCGACGACCUCCUCCGCGAGAUCCUCCUCCGCCUCCCCUCCCUCCCAAGCCUCGUCCGUGCCACCCUCGCCUGCCGCGCCUUCCUCCGCGCCGCAAAAACCUCCCCCGACUUCCGAUAUCGGUUCAUGGCGCUCCACCCGCCCCAGGUCCUGGGAGUCUUCGAAGACUCGUUCUGGCAGAGAGGCACCCCUGCCUUCGUCCCCUUCGGAAGCCGCUCCGACCCGGACGCCGCCGCCGCCGUCAGCGGCGCCGAUUUCCUCCUCACCCGCCUCCCGGAAAGCAGCGGCGGCGACCCCGGGUGGGAGAUCAACACCUGCCGCGGCGGCUACCUUGUCCUCCACAACCAGAAAACCAGGCAGCUGGCCACCUACAACCCCCUCACGCAGGCCCUGGACGUCUUCCCCUACCCGGCCCAGGAGGCCAACUGCCAUCCCCGCUACCUUGCGUGCCACAUCAUCUUCUUCAAGGAUGACCCGAUAUACUUCGGUGUGGUCUGUGUGCGCCGCCGCCGGCGCCGGCUCCGGACGCUGGCUCGCUUCUCUCUCUUCUCAUCGGACAGCAGCUGCAGGGAGUGGCAGAGCAUCCCUUGGGUGGACACCUCGACGGGGCAGCUCCCGUCUUGCCCCGACACGCUGAUGGUGGAUGGAUUUGCCUACUGGAAACACAUUGAUCAACCCUAUAUAGUCGUGCUCGACAACUCGACGCUGGAAUUCUCUCGACUGGAUUUGCCGCCGGGCAUGGAAGACAUGCAAUGUGCAGAAUUCCUACUUGGCCAGACCGACGAUGGGUAUCUCUGCAUGGUUUACAUAUAUGAAGACACGCUUGUUGUUUGCGGUUGGGGAGACGCUGGUGAUGGUGUUGACGAACUGAUGACAUACAAGGUUUUCCCACUGAGUACAAUUAUCGAUGCAACUAUGUGUUCGGAAGAGUAUGGUGUGCAGGUUUCGGCGGUCGUUGUGGGACGCGGAUUUAUCCUAACCAGUUACCCGCACAACUCGAAUCAUUGCCGUCCAUCUGGGAAGCAGUCAGAUCAACCUACCCCACCACGGUCUCAGCAUGCACUGUAUUCUGGGGCAUGUGAUAUUCUGACAUUUGUAUAA